UUCUCUGUGGCCGAGUGAACAAUGGCGGAUGACCAUGGUAGCCAUGCCACUCCGCCAGCGGCAGGGGCUUCUCAAGUAGCCGUUGGCGCUCGGGCCGGAGCUCAGGACUCCCGCCAAUGGUACGCACGGUCGAAGAUGCACCCCCAUGCAGUGAAACCUGAACCUAUUGAAUAUACGGGACUUGCGGCCGGGAAUGGUGGUUGGCUCACUGUGAACGAUGCCAUGGACUACCUGGAUGCCGUGAAGCUCGAGUUUCGCCACCAGCCUGAGAUCUACGAUGAGUUCUUGGCGAUCAUGGGGCGGUUCAAGACCAAGCAAAUGCUACCUCCAGACGUAUUCGUCGAGGUCGCGAGACUAUUUCGGGGGCGAAAUUCGCUUGUUCUGCGCUUCAAUAGGUUUUUGCCGGAGGGAUUCAAGAUGGAACCUGACGACAUACAGCGUCUGGAGGACGAAGAAUGCGCGGCAAAGGAAGGUGCUCACAUUCACAUCCCUACCCGCGCAGGUGAUGGCGAUAGAUCGGUGAUGUCUGUACAAUCUGGGGAAGAAAGCGACCUCGAGGAAAGGGCGAUGGAGUUCGACCAUGCCAUUCACUAUGUAACGACGAUCAAGAGACGUUUUUCCGACGACGUUGGGACAUACAAGGCCUUCCUUGAAAUUCUGCACACGUACCAACGAGAGCCACAAGGUAUCAAUCAUGUGCUGGAGCAGAUCACCGACCUGUUCGCCGACGAACCCGAUCUGCUGAGGGAGUUCACCUACUUUCUCCCGGACACUGUCCAGGCGCAGGCGAAGGAGAGGCUUGAUAGAGCUGCCGUGGAAGCCGAAGUUAGGCUGGGCCGUGCGCUGAACGGGCAGCGCGGGCAGCGCCUUACUACGCACGCUCCUCAAGGUGGAUCCCAGCGUGGCAGGCUCGAUGGCAGAUCCAGGCCUGCAAAUUCGUCCCGGGGUCAGUCGCGCGGGCAUCGCACACAGCAACGAAUGCUGGGGGGAAGUAGCUCGACAUACAGGAGUGACGACGACGACCAAGAGUGGCGCGAGCAGCGCGCUUACGGCCGGGGUCGGACCAACACCCAGCGUGGCUAUCAUGGUGGGUACGGGUCACGCCCGCAGUAUUCAAACGGCGGGACCGGUAGUGAACCUGACCGGAACCCGUACGCUGGAAACAACCACAUGCAAACUCAGCGCGGUGGAAGGCAAGCCCGGAAGGGGCGCCAAGUGUGGUCUCAAGCUGAAGAUUACGAGCUUGGCCCCGACGGUGUUUUCAAAGGGCCCAAAAAGCGCACGCGAGAAUCGGAUGAAGCUGGUGGGGCUGGGGGUCGAGGGUGGUCGUCAAUGGACUCGCAAGGGACCACCAUCAAAACCUCUCCCGCCAACCAGUUGUUUGAUCAAGCACGUGAUGUACUGUCGUCGAGCGGAGACGACACUGAUUGGACGGAGUUCCUCAAGUGUCUCGACUUGUUCAGCAACGAAAUUUUGGGGCGGGACGAACUGCUGGAUAUGGUACAGGAUCUGUUCGAGGCCCACGACGGAUUUGACCUGAUGGACGAGUUCAAAGAUCUUGUCUACCGGCGGGGGAAGUUGGAACCACCCCCCAGAGACGCUAUGCCCCCUUUGGGGCUCUCAGAGAUCAACUUCCAGAGCGCCAAGAUGUGUACUCCGAGCUACCGCGAGCUACCCCAAGAUUAUCAGGUCACCUCGUGCAGCGGACGGAGUACAAACGAGGACGCAGUGCUGAACGACACGUGGGUCAGUGUUCCUGUCGGGAGUGAAGACAGCGGCAACUUCAAACACAUGCGGCGCAACCCGAACGAGGAGCAGCUUUUCAAGGUUGAAGAUGAGCGCUUCGAGUUGGACAUGCUGAUAGACGGUGUAGCUUCGGCGAUUGCUCGGCUUGAACCGGCAGAAGAAGAGAUCGAGGCGUUGAGAGCCACGGCGGGGUCUGCUCUCGGGCAAAAUGCGGCCCCCGCAGCGACUAGUCGGGAAGGGGCUUCAUCGAUAGGUGGGCCAGACGGCGGUGAUGUAGUGUUGCCGCAAUUCCAGUACCGCUUAGACAGGCGCACGCUCGGAGCGCUACAUCUCAGCACAAUAUCUCGGCUCUACGGAGAUCACGGGCCCGAAGUUGUCGACCUGUUGCGCAAGAACCCAGCAGUAGCGAUUCCGGUGGUGUUGAAGAGGUUAAGGCUAAAGGAAGAGGAGUGGUGCGUGGCGCGGGAAGAAGCUAAGGGUGGCUGGAAGGAACUUGCCCAGAAACAUUUCCACAGGAGUCUUGACCACCGGUCGUACAACUUUCGCCGCGAAGACAAGCGCCAUACGUCUAACCGGGCUCUGCUUCAGGAAAUCAAGGAUAGGAAAGUAGACGAGGACCCUCAGAAGGCCGCGGUCGUCAAGGCUGCCCGAGAGAAGGUUCACAGUGCCCAAAAUGACGUGCUAAUGCUUGGGCGGGUAUCCCCUACUUCGACCGCUGCGGACGGCGACAGUAUUAACGGCCAGGGCAGUACGGGAGAAACUGACACGGCGGCGCUGGAUGGAAGUGCUGCUGCUACGGCGACGGACAGCCCAGGCACGUUGCCUGUGAAGAGCGACGAUACAGCGACGACGGGCAGUCGGCCACCAAGCAAGGAGGGUAUCCGGGUAUUGAGGCAGCAGGCAGAACAGACCUCUCCGUGGUACAUGUUCGCCCACUUGACGCUAACGUAUCCACAAGAAGGAACGCCUGGUAUCCACAAGGACAUCAUGGAGCUUCUGACGUACACUCUUGCGCGUCGCCCUCCAUCGGAAGACGACGUUCGACAAGCUUCUACAACAGUGGCAGACUUGCUGCCGGCCUUCUUUUCUCUCGGAAGAUCCAAUCAAGCGGCAAAUGGAGAGGGGAGCACGGCGUUGGAUGGAAACGAAGGCAGUGCCCAGGUGGUCGCGACCCUGCCCGUCUUGAGCUCGGACGAUGACAGCGAUGACGAGAACAGCCAGAGCAGCGGCGAUGAAAGGAAGGGGGAUCGUCGACGUAGCCCCCAGAGUGUCACAGACGAAAGAACAGCUCUAACCCCGGAUCCCCAAGGGUGUGUUCCUGCGAAAGACUCUGAAGGCCGUGCCUCGUCCACCCCCCUCCCCCAGGGGCAAGAGGUGAUGUUCACGACAACCGACUUCUAUCUGGUGCUACGUAUGCACCACUUACUCGCGGAGAGACUCGCUGAAGCGAAAAAACUGUGCAGCGAAGCAGGGCUGUCACGCCAGACUGUGGUGGCCUCCCCCCAAGAGGUCCUGCGAGCGAGUGCGGGUGUCACCGGCACCGGCAUGCAUGCAGCCAAUGGAGACAAGGAGGAAAUGGGGUACAAGACAUUCCUUGGGCACCUGUACGAUUUGCUGGAGGAGAAGAUCAACACGGAGCGUUACGAAGAGGGUGUGCGGCAGCUAGUGGGAAACCAGGGCUAUGUCCUGUGUAGUCUCGACAAGCUUGUGGUGGGUCUGCUCCAAAAUCUGUACCGUGCGAGCGCAGACAAGGUCUUCCACAAGCUCACUCAGCUAUAUUACUACGAGCGAACGACGCAGACCGAAGGAGUGGUGCCCGCCAUCUAUAGGGGUCACGUCCAGGAACUACUGAGUCGCUCAGAGAAAGAGGUGGUGCGGGUGCAAUACCACCCUGGAGCGCAAAAGUCAUCUGGUGGCUGGCUGCUGGAACCAGCGUUGAAAAUGGAGUUCUUGGGUCGUAUGGGCACUGAAGCAACCCAGGAGGGUGCUAUUGAAACUGACAGCGCAACCGAUGCCACUGCACAAAAUGAGGCCGUUGCGGCUGACGAAUAGCAACUGAGCUUUCCUCCCGUUUUGAGCGCCACCUU